CUACAGGCCGGAAAGCUUACACGAUAUACCCAACAUGGGUUCCAAAGGACGAAGUAGCCAAACGAGAACUCUUCCGAGUGUCUAUCUCGUUUGAAUAAAGAGGCAUUAUACAUAACGCUGCUAAGUGAAGAAUAGAAUAGCACCGGAACUCAGCCGACUCUAAAAGUGCUCUAAUUUAGUAGAGGCGCAGUUCUCAAAAUCUACAGCUCGAAAUCGCUAACUAAUCAUGGCCACCAUGAAGCUGGUACUUGUCCUUAUGAUGACAACCGUCGUUGCCGUCUGCGCCCGUGACCCCGAGCUCACAACCGACUUCGCCGUCCCAGUAGGAAUGAACGCCUCCAUGAUCACCGGAGAUUUCUUCAAAUUCACAGGCCUCAGAGACUUCUCCGCUGCUCCAAGCACCUUCGGCUCCAAGAAGGUUACCCAUGUCGAAUUCCCCGCUCUCACUGGACUCGGAGUGGGUGUGACCCUCCUCGAAUACAAGCCCAACACUCUGAACCCUCCCCACACUCACCCGCGUGGAUCAGAGCUCAUCUUCGUCAUGGCCGGACACUUGGACGUCGGCCUCAUCGACUCUGCCAACAAGCUGUACUCUGCCCAUCUCCAUGAGGGUGACUUGUUCGUGUUCCCUCAGGGUCUUGUCCACUUCCAGAUCAACAUGUCCAAGAAGAAGACUGUUCGCGCCAUCUCUGCUUUCGGUAGCUCCAACGCUGGCACCAUUUCCUUGCCCAGGAACAUCUUCGGUUCUGGAAUUGAGGACGAGGUUCUCCUCAAGGCUUUCAAGAUCACUUCCGCGGAGUUGAUGAAACUGAAAGCUCCAUUCAUGCCGACCAUGUAGAAUUUGCAGCGGAAAGAACUGAUGUCUCCGGGAGGAUAAAGUGCGUUUUGCAUGCUCAGUACUUUCGUAUACUGUGCCCAUCAGCUUGAUGGGGAUCACUCUCGGACAUGUUUUAUCAAAAGGUUCAGCGUUGCACCAAAAAACUUGCUCUUCCUGGGAGGGAGUUUCAAAUGGAAGUUGACUUGGCGAAAUUAAAGACUAAUAAGUCUUCGGAAACUUUCCAAUUAGUGCAAAUGUUCUAUUUAACUCUGUGAAAUAAACGGAAAUAUUGGAGUCC